AUGUCAGACCUCCGUCAAAGAAACACCAAAUCCGCCAAACCAAAGGCCGGAAAUGACAGCCCGGCCGCCCCGCGACGUCGCAAUGAGGCAGCCGCCUCCAAAGCCGGAGGCAUCGGCGUUCUGGAUAUCCUGCGACUAGUGCUCACGCUGGCGGUAGCUUCCUGCGGGCUCUCGUACUAUAUGACCUCGUCCGAGUCGUUGCUGUGGGGGUAUCGGCCGUGGUAUACCAGGUUGCCGGUGUUGAUGCGAUAUCUGCAAGGACCUCUCUACCUAACCCCCUCCCAACUCGCCUCCCACGAUGGCUCCGACCCGUCCCUCCCGAUCUACCUCGCCGUGAACGGCAGCAUCUUCGACGUGUCCGCGAACCCGAUGAUCUACGGCCCCGGCGGCCACUACAACGUCUUCGCCGGCCGCGACGCCACACGGGCGUUCGUAACCGGCUGUUUCCAGGAAGACACGACGGCCGACUUAACCGGCGUGGAGGAGAUGUUCAUUCCGAUCGAGAACGACCCCGAGGAAGAGAAGACGCUGAGCAGCGGGGAGAAGAAGACGCGGCGGGAGCAGGACCUGCGUAUGGCGCGGAACCAGGUGCAGAAGCAGGUGCAGCACUGGGAGAAUUUCUUCCGCAACCAUAAGAAGUAUUUCGAGGUGGGCAAGGUCGUGGGGUUGGAGGAUUUGCCGAAGGAGAAGAGGGAGCUUUGUGAGCAGGCGAAGCAGCAGAGGCCGAAGAGGAAGAAUCUGAAUAAGAAGAAGCAAAAGGAGCAGCAGAAGAAGCAGAAGCAGGGGAACUAA